UUGAGAGAUCGUAGUUGUAUUAGGGCCGAAAUUGAUGUGUGGUACAAAGACGCAGCGCGCACAUGAGAAGAAUAUAAAGCACAGAUAUCGACAGGAAGGCGAAACACGUGUUCAAACUGCAGUCUGAACUGUUGAAACGCCAGUCCGCCACUUGGGAAACAACACGGUGCUUGCAGUGAUGUCAUCGGCAGUGGACUUGAAGACAAAGGAAGAAAAGGAUGCAGAACUUGACCGGCGGAUUGAAGCACUCCGUAAGAAGAAUGAGGCUCUUGUCCGAAGAUACCAGGAAAUUGAAGAAGACAAGAAGAAGGCUGAGCAGGAGGGUAUUGCUGUGACGACACCACGCAAGCCUCGCUCGCAUGAGCCUGAGUCCGACCGUAGAAGAACAGAAAAGGAGAACAUUACGGUCACUGUAGACCUCUCCAAACCAGCGGGGGAAAAGCGCAUAAUCAAUGAGAAGAAGCCAGGAGCUGCUCGGGGAGGGAGGGAUCUUGAAGACGGACAGGCAUCAGCAUUACAUGCUGAGAACUCACCCAGAAGGACUGGACCAGGGCGACAAGGCCGGGGUACACCCAGGGGAGGCUCAAGGCAGGAGUGGAGGGAAUCUCGGCAGGACAAACUUAACACUGAUAAAACAGAGACUCGCCAGGAUCGGUCUGAAUCACGCCCUGAUCGACCGGUCUGGGAGAAUGAAAUGGGGGAGACUCCAGGCCGGACGGAUCGCACUCCCCGAGGAGGGAGGAGGGGGAGAGGAGGAGGGUCAUCCCAAGGAGGAUCUGGGCAAGAUCGAAAAUCUAAGGAGUGGGAAGAGAAAAGGAGGCAAAAUAUUGAGAAGAUGAAUGAAGAAAUGGAAAAGAUUGCAGAAUAUGAAAGAGGCCAAAGGGGAGAAGGAGACAAGAACCCCAUCCGUAACUUCCUGGAUGACCCUCGACGCUGUGGCCCAAUCCCUGAUGCUGAUCGCAAGGAGGGCAGCCGCCGACAUGUUCGAAACUGGGGUGGGCUUGACUUUGAGAAUGUGAAGACCAGAGCUGAGCAAGACAAGGAGUGGACAAGUCGACGGCCCAGCACAAAGGGUUCCAUUGAUAUGACAAUGUCAAUGACAGGCCGGGAGAGGGCAGAGUAUCUGCGCUGGAAGAAGGAGCGUGAACAGAUUGAUGAGGAGCGCCUGGCUAGGCAUCGCAACGCAACUGGCCAGUGGAGAAGAGAAUGGGAUGCCCAGAAGACAGAUACCAUGUUCAAAGAGGAGCCAGCUGUGGUCUCAGAAGGCAUUGCAGAUCAGGGAAGUGGGAGGGCCAGAGGGCGUAAUGCCAAAAUGCAGAGAGGUAGCAAACCCUCAGACGACAACAGGAGGCCUCCCAAAGCACCUACGUUUGGUGACUUCAUGGGACACAGUAAAGCCAAAGAAGGUGGUUUUGGAAGACGAGGGAAGGCAAAGGGCCGAGCACAAAGCAAAACCUAUAGCAUGCAUGAUAACCGGUGGGAAGGAGAAACUGAAAAAGAGAAGGCAACUGAAGAGAAGCCCCCAGCUAAAGAAAAGAAAAACAAGCCCCCUGUGUUCCCUCAGGUGGAGGUAGUUGUGGAGAACAGUAAUGAUGCAGGAGCUAUGGAUGAUGAUGAUGAGUGGGAAGAUGCCAGUGAUGGAGAGGAGGAGGAGGAGGAGGAGGUGAUAGAGGAGGAAGAAGCUGAACCAGAAGAGGAAUCUGAGAAGCCAGCUGUGCAACAAGAGAAGACUAAACAAGAAGACUCUUCUCCACCCCCGGCUGCCUCCCCUCUCAGCCCCAAGGAGCAGCGCUCUCCUCGGCCUAAAGUGCAGAUGCCGAUCCAACAGGACUCCCCAGAGUCCAACAAACCCAUCAGCCCCUUCUCACCAGGGGAGGGCUACCAACCAGUAACAGACUGGGGAGAGGAGAUGGAGAUGCAGUCUCCACGCAGCAGCCUUGGAGAGAGCCCCCUCAAGCCCGAACAGGCUAGGACAGAGUGCAGCCCUGAAACUCCAAAACCAAGCAGUCCUGCUCAUGCUGAGGAACAGCUGGAGAGCAAGGCAGCCAGCCCCCCAGAAGAGCAGGACAUGCAAGCUGAAGGAGAUGCAGCCACCAAAUCAAAGACCGAGGAUGAUUUGGAGCCACAGACCCAGGAAGCUUCAGCUGUGCUAACACCAAAUGAAUUACCCAACAGCCAAGCAGAGGGGGAGACAGAAUCUACUGCCCCCACAGUCCAGGAGCCUCCUACCAACUCAGAAGCUGAUGUGCAGGACUCUGAUCCUAGCCAGAGCACAGUUGGCACAGUCACAGUGACAGAGGAUCCAGAGCAGUCAUCUUCAGGCUGAGAACUGCUUGGACUGAGAGGAUUUUCAGUGAUGGUAGUUCACACAUUACAAGAAGACAAGUGUGAAAAGUGCACAGGAGGGAUGUAAGGCUGCAUCAUGGAGAACUCGCUGGGAGAGGCUGCCAUUUACCCGUGGUAUAUGGGAUACGGGAUUGGGAUUCGAGCUUUUAUCACUCUUCAUGCACUCAAAUCAACCAUGCCUUUUCACUGACAACUGAUGGAAACUCAUAAGACAGCUGUUUGUAACUCAGGGUUGCCUUUGUUGUUCUGAAUCAGCCUCUGCAGAGUAACCCAAACUUCCCUUAGCUGUGAGCCUUUGGAGUGUAUUGCACCUCUACUAGGGACACCAACUAUUUUUUCAUGAAGAAAACAGAUGCAUAAUCUCUGCUUUUUCCUGUGAGCUCUGUGUGGACGUGUAAUGACCAAGCAAGAACAUUUUCUGCCUCAUGCUGCCACUUUUUUCACUAUAUACAAAAGCCUGUUAUACUUUCAGAAGUGUCAUUCUAUUUUACCCUCAUUGCUUCAUAAGUCCUUUGAAAUAUCUCUUAUGUCUUGCAGUUGGCAUUAUACUUAAGAAUAAAUUCACCGUUAUUUUUGUGUCAUAUUCAGACAGACCUUUGGGAAAUCUGAAGGUGUACACUGUCAAAAGACAGAAAAAACUUUGAGUCGCCCAGUGACGUCUGAUCCCUCAGAAACAAAUUAGAAAUGCUUUAGUCUUUAAAAACCAAUGCAUAAAGCAACCUUUGUCCAAAGUUGUGAUAAAGAUCCUUUGGAUAUAAACAAACAAAAAGGGGGCAGCCUAGAUGGUGUACCUCAACUGAUCAGUCUUUUUUUGCCAUUAUUGUGAAAUAUGCCAAUAAAACUGGCAGAUUAAAUUGUAUAAAACAGGGAUGUUUAAACCACAAUCAUGUUUUUAUUUUAAUUCUUUAAAGUUAGAAUUAAUCGUUGCUUUGAAAAACUGAUAUAUAUAUAUAUACAAUAAGUCUGAAUUUACAUUCCAGUGUUUUCUGUGAAAGUAUCUGAAGUGCAUCUCAUUAUGAACUGCUAAUAAAAAUGUCUUAUUCCUGUCUUCUGGGUAAAGCAGGAAUUAAUAUGAUUGUAUGAGAAGCUUUGAGAAUUAUAUCUGUGACUGUCUUCCUAAUUGAAAUAAGAAGGCACUUUCUGACUAUGGACUGUUAACAUGAACUUGUGGUGUGGGUUUGCAUUACAUCCAUUGCUGAAAGUGUUUGGCUUCAUUUAGUCUUUGUAUGCUUGUAAAAAUUGCCUUGCUCUUGAAACAAGGGAAAUUAAUAUAUUAUGAGGGCUUGCCUUCUGGGAUGGGUCUUUGCAGUGCUGUGGUAUUGAGUAGAAACUAAGGAAUAAGAUCAUCAGUGCUGGUCUUACUGGUGCUCAAACUGGUUGAUAUAUAUUUUGUAAUUUCCCAAAGAAGCAUUAAAACGUCACUUA